AUGGAUCCUGUGUCUCUCGCUCUCUCCAUCUUUGGAACCUUGGAUAUAUGUCUCGGUUACGGUAAGCGCCUCGUUGAAUUAUGUCGCGCAAUACGCAACCUCAAAAACGACCUCGCUCAGAUUGCUUUGGUAAUUGAAGGCGUAUGGCUGAAGACGGAGGUUCAGCUGGACAUAUUGAGGCGUUUAUUGAGAGCUGGAUCGUUAGACCAUACACUGGCUAGUCACUAUGGGGAUGCUCUCCAGCGACUGGACAUGAAGAUCUCAGGCGCCGUGGCGGGCUUAGAGGCUGUUCAGAAACGCUCAAUUUCCAGUUCGAAAUUCCCUCAAGCGGCUUGGACAGUAUACCUGAAACGACAUCUUGAGGAAGUGGUUAGCGAUCUCGAGGAAUGGCAGCGCCGGUUCGAUCCGUCGUGGUACCUUAUCACGUUCAUUGUCAAUCCGCUUGUGGACGAGCAAUUAGAGUCAAAGAAGAACCAGGACCCGUCUGCAGCCAAGCUGUUGGAAUUUAGAAAAGCUGUGCAGCAGAUUUCGUCGGCGAAACCCCCAACCAACGGCCCAGUCUUCAAAGACCCAGCUCUCCUUGAACCAGGACAGCGUAUCUCGGGCACCAGCAACUACCUUUCUCAAUAUGUCAAUAGUAGACGGGAGGUCCUUCUCGAUAGCACGAGCUACACUCGCAAAUCGGCUUUGACAAGCCGAGUCCAUGUUAGAGACUUAGCGCGACUUCUCUGCCUUGUCGACCCCUCAACAUUUAGCCUUUUGAAAUGCGACGGUGUGAUCGAGAUCCGGACUGACCAAGAUACCCAAUAUCAAUUCAUAUUCGAGGUUCCCCACGAACUGCAAUCCCCGAGAACCCUUCGCAGUCUUCUUGCGGAACACCCACGCAUUUCUCUGAGCAAGCGCGUUCAACUUGCGAAACAACUUGCCCGAUCAGUCAUGUUCGUGCACACCACUGGCUUUGUGCACAAGGGCAUCCGACCGGAAACCAUAAUGAUUUUCCGCAAAGAUAACGAAGACAUCGGCCCUUCUUUCCUUGUCGGUUUCGAGCGUGUUCGACGCGCAGAAGCCCAGACCGAUAAACUCGGUGACCUGGAAUGGGAAAGGAACCUCUACCGACAUCCCGUGCGGCAGGGACUCUGGUCGGAAGAAGCAUUCACCAUGCAACAUGACAUUUACAGCCUGGGGGUUUGUCUUCUAGAGAUGGCCCUAUGGAAUUCAUUUGUUCGUAAUGACAGCAUCGGAACCACAACUCCUUGGUCGGAGCUAGCCAUUCAAGAUGCAAUCGUAGACAAGGACGCUCGACGUGGAGGGUUUGCUAUGAAACGAAAACUCGUCGCAAUGGCCAAGGAUCGACUUCCUGCUAUGGUUGGGGAUCAGUACACGAAUAUUGUUCUCGCGUGUCUAUGCUGUCUAGACGGGGUAGACGAUAAUAUCUUUCGCGAUGUCAAAGACGAUGAUGAUAUUGUCAUAGGUGUCCGGUUUAUUGAGAAUGUACUGGUUAAAUUGGAGGAAUUGCACAUAUAA